UCUCCACCGAAGCUUUGAACUUCAUCUGAAUAUCAACACGAACUCAAUUUGCUCUUCUCCACUUGAGAUCCACUCUCCCCUCUCCACUCAUCUCCUCCACUUCCGUCUCCGCCUCCUCAAUUUCCCCGGAUUAACAAUUGACUUCAAAGUCAAAAUGUUGAUACACCACAAUCAAAGCCCAUGAGCGCGUUCCUUCUUAAACUGGAGGCAAUCGAGUCUCGAAUAGCUUCAUACUCCUCUCCAUGUGGUAUACAAGGUCGUGUCCAUGGUAUUCGAUUUCGACAAUGUCUCCACAAGUACCGGCUUCCAGCUGUGAAUUCACGACAUUCAUCUGCAACUAGACCGCCAGAGAUUAAGAUACGCAGAUACCAAAGUCAAGCUGAAGGAAGGGUGGAAAGCCCUUGGAAACCUAAGUUUGAUGCUUCAGGGACAGACACUGUGGCAUACAAGGACCGGGAGAAUUUUAGUUCUGGCUUCAAGGAGCUCGAAGGUUCAGCAGACACUCUUAACGGCAGUGAGGAGCCUGUAAGCAAUAACCCUGGAUCGGUCUCCAUUGAACCCAUUCCCGGCCCGGUGCGAAAAACAUGGCAGCGAGGCAUCGGCUACUAUGUUAAGUCACAGGUACGCCCGUCAAGGAGGGCAGAGGUGGGUGCUACUGGUGACGUGUUACCAAUACUGCCUCAUGGAGCUCGAGAUGUACCUACAGCCAGCAUUGAGCAACAGAAAGAGGCUCUUUUUUCGGCCUUGCGGACCCGAGAUCCUCAUGCCGUCAUGAAAGUUAUGCUGGAGUUGGCUGCAUUCGAUAGUAGGGAGCCGUCGGCACUGAUGUCACUGCCCCCGUCAGCUUUUUCCGAGGUUCUGCGUUGCAUGGAUCCGAAGCACUUUCUCACCCGUCAUUCGCAAAUCUAUAAAUCAGCUGGCCCAUACACAAUGAAAGUUCUCGGAUUGGAUCACCAUUUCCAGAAAGAAGACUAUUACUACUUCUGCAGCAUUUUUUUGGCUCAAGUCAAGGACGUCAUAAAUACUCGAAGGCCAUGGUGGCCGCUAGCUUUAUCGGAUUACAAGUACCUACUCAAGUGUGCCUGCUCCAUUGGUCAUGCAAAAGCAGCAGAGGAAAUCUGGCGGAGCAUGACUCUGCCAUAUACGGAGUGGACGGUUGAUGGAACACAGAUCAAGCGAGAGCCAUUGGAUCCAGAUUUGGAAUGUUACAAUCUGUUUCUGACCGUGAUGUGUUGGCGAGAAAAUAAUAACCCAACUCAGAGAUAUCGACUGCGAGUAAUACCGCUCAAUCUUGCUCCACGCCACCGGGAGGAUAUUCCAAAUGAGCUCAACGGCCAUCGCGUUGGGUCUAAUCAUGGUAUCAAAGCCCAGGUAUCUAGGGUCUUUCGGAGAAUGGUUCAGGCUGGAAUAGCUGGCAACGAGGAGACUUUCUGUUUGUUGAUGACUGCGUUUGCCCGCGAGGGUGACAUGCUCGGUGUUGAAGCGAUUCUCAAGAAGGUUUGGUCGAUUCAUGUCCCUGCUCUGAUGGCUGGGAAUGAGGCAGAACUUCUACCGGCUACGAACUACCUUUCAAGCUCACCAUUCUACCCUUCGAAACACUUUCUAUUCACCAUCUGUCACAUAUAUGGCAUAAACAACCGUAUCCCAACCGCUCUAUCGCUCAUCGAUUAUAUCUCGCGCCAAUAUUCACUACCAGUGCCCCUCGAAGCUUGGGACGAAUUGCUCGAAUGGACUUUCGUCCUAUCCAACAAGACCAUCCUUCGCCGGAAAUGGCGAGGUAGAGAUGGCAUCUCACGAGACAUCGGCAGGCAAAUCGGUGAGCUCCCACCCGAAGCCGUGAGCAACCUCUGGCAAACCAUGAUCUCCGAACCAUACAACGUCCAACCAACCAUGGAAAUGUACGACAGGUAUAUGACGAACCUCCUGUACCGCCAACGCUUUGGAGAAAUGCAGACUCGCAUGGAAGAAGCCCGGGAAUUACUAAAGAAAGAUGUUCGCAACUUGACAAGGAAGAACAUCGCUUUCAAAACUUCCAUGCGACGAUCUACCUCAAGUAUCAUAACCGAGAAACGCGCACGAGACGCAGUCUUAGCCCUUCUUCACGUGAACCGAAAUCGCCAAUAUAUCAAACGAUGGGUCCGUCUCCUCCUCACACGGGGCUCCUACACACUCAAGAGAUCCGAUUCUUGGUCUUCGCAAAAUGUCCCUACUAUUCUGGAGAAAUGGUCGCUCUUCUUGCCCAAGCUAGUGAAAUACUCCAUACAGACAGGUCAUGUGGUUCUUGAUACGCAGGUUGAGGGGAAUCAGCGGCGCAGGCAUAUACGACGAAUCAACCGCGGCCUGGGAUUUGGGAGGAGACCUGUUUCCAGGACCAAAUCUUGGCAUCAAAAGGUUUUCAAAGAGAGGAGGAUUUUUUCUUUUGGGGACCAAGGGACUGUUGAGACUGGUGACGCGAAAGAUAGUGGUGGUCCUGCUGUGCAGAGUACGAGUGCACAUGGUCUUGAUGAUGAAGACGAUGAUGAGGAUUGAUGCAUAUACCGUGUAUAUAUCACUGAAGUAUAAGUGUUAAUAAAAGUACAGUGUACAGUAU